AUGUCGGACUACACUCUACACAGCUACUUCCGCUCGUCCUGCUCCGCCCGCAUCCGCAUUGUCCUGGGCCUCAAGGGCCUCUCAUACGAAACCGUUCCAGUCAACUUGCUCAAGGACGAACAUCUCUCUGAUGCGCACCGCGCACUGAACCCGUCGGCAACUGUGCCGCUGCUCGUCUGCCCAACAGCAGACAGGUUCUCCAUCGGCCAGUCCGUUGCUGCUCUCGAGUAUCUCGAAGAAGUCCACCCCGAGGUCGCCACUCUGCCGUCCGACCCCAAGGCUCGCGCAAUUGCCAGAAGCCUUGUCCAGAUCAUCAAUGCCGACACGCAGCCCGUGACCAACAUGCGCAUCAUGCGCCGUGUCAAGGCUUUUGGCCAAGACCCAGCCGAAUGGAACAAGGAGCUCAUGGCCGACGGCCUUCGCGCAUACGAGGCUGUUGCUAGCAAGUCAGCUGGCAAGUACUCUGUUGGUGACGCUGUCACUAUGGCAGAUGCUUGCUUGCUGCCUGCAUACUGGAAUGCCGAACGUUACAAGGUCGACUUGUCCCAGUUUCCCACUGUUUGCAAAAUCGCGGCCAGCCUGGAGGACCACCCCGCCGUUAAGGCGGCUCACCCGUUCCGCCAGCCUGAUUGCCCUGAGGAUCUGCGAAUUGAAUAG